CGGCGGUCGAAUUUGUGAGACGCCCGCCUAGAGUGUAGGGGAGGUCCGGGUUCGAGCCCUGGCUGAGGUAAUAUUUUUCGCGAUAAAUUCGUUAGUUACCGCUGGCGACAUUGAAGAAUUGAGAUUGUAGAUCGAUGCCCAGCGACUGUAAAGAAACAGACGACACGAAAGAGCGAACUGUUGAACGCAUGUUACGGGUUUUGUCGCAGGUGAGUAUACCGAUGCCGGCGCAAAAGAGCAGCUUAAAGGCGAGCCUGUCGGUGAACGGGGACGGGCAGUCAGGUGGGCAGAGUGUGCCAGCGCGAUGCCGGGCGCCCAGCGUUGGCAUCGACGUCGACAUGGUGUCCGAGUUCGACCCCUCGUCGUCGGACAGCGGCGUGGUGUCGAGGUGCGCGGUGGUGAAGCCACUUAAGCUGCGACUGUGCCAGCCGAUCUUCGGCCGCAAGCACGUAGGUAAGUUGAAGAGGGAGCACGGCGACGCGGGGCGACACGCGGGCAAGGACGAGUCCGGCGGCAGCGGCAGCGGCGGCGACGGCAAGAUGAAGCCGCGCGAUCCGGAGCGGGAGAAGAGGAGGCUGGCGAGGAAGAAGGAGAAGCGUGCCACGAUGAUACUGGGCUUCAUAAUGGGCAGCUUUAUCGCCUGCUGGCUGCCCUUCUUCGUCCUUUACAUCGUCAAGCCUCUCUUUCCCGAUUUCGAUAUACCCUCGCAGGCCUUCGUAAUCGCCUUCUGGCUCGGCUACACCAACUCGGCGCUGAAUCCCUUCAUUUACACGGUCUUCAACAAGGACUUCCGCCGCGCUUUUCGCCGAAUAUUGUUUAAAUGAGCAAUACAGUAUAGCGUCGACCAAGAGGGACGCUAGCGAUAAUUACACUUUCCGUCCUCGGGUAUGCGAAUACCGAUGGUACUCCGAGGUACGUUUUCUCGAUCGCAUCGCGCGCCAUCCGAUCUGUUUCCUCGCGUGAUCCACGGGAGAAAACUUUAAUCAUAGGAGGGAGGGAUUUUACAAUGUGGAAUUUUACAACGCCGCGGAAACAUUUGCGAAAGAUGGAAUCGGAAAUGCG